UUGAGUGAACUCCGGGAGUUGGUGAUCGACAGGGAGGCUUGGCGUGCUGCAGUUCAUGGGGUCGCAAAGAGUCGGACAUGACUGAGCAACUGAACUGAACUGAACUGAAUGCCCCCCUAAGUAUCAAUAAUUUGUACCCUUAUUCCUCACCUCCUCAGUCCUCUCUACUUUCUCCAGUUCAAUGGGUUAGGCAAAUCCAAAGAUAUUUCUCUUUAUGAAAAGGCUUUAAGCCUUUGCUCUAACUUUCUAGGUCCUGGAGAAAUGAAUAAUGCAAUACACAAAGUAAACACCUUUUAAAGUCAUGAGCUUUGGCCUUUGCACACAGACAAGAUAACUCCCAGGUCAGGGCAGGAUGGAGCCAAAAGAUAAAUGAAUCUUGUAAUUUAAUCUUUCUUUGUUGUUUUGGGCAAAGCAAGUUGAUUCACUGGAAUAAAUUUAAGAAUUAAUGUCCCUUGAAAUAGGAAAGCAGUGGAACCUCUCUUCCCCUGUGACUACAGAUGAACCAUGACACUUUCACGAAGAGAUGCUCUAGACCCCUUUGGCUGUUUCUUAGCUUUCUUUUUCAGGUCUUUGGCCAGACACCAUUUUACACUGUUGAAAAUUCACAAUGGAGCUUGUGGCCAGAAAUACCCCACGACUUGAUUGCAAAGUACAAAGGAUUAUUGACCUGGUUGGAAAAAUAUCGAUUACCUUUCUUCUGUAAAGCCAACUUAUGUUUCCAUUACAUUCUCUGUCAGGAGUUCAUCAGUUUCAUUAAGUCCCCAGAAGGAGCCAAGAUGAUGAGAUGGCAAAAGGCAGACCAGUGGCUACUCGAGAAAUGCAUUGGCGGGGUCAGAGGGAUGUGGCGCUUCUAUACCUACCUCAAGGGCAGUGCAGGUGAAGAACUGGUGGAUUUCUGGAUUCUUGUUGAGAAGAUCCUGAGCAUAGAUGAGAUGGACCUGGAAGUGAGAAACCACUACCUUUCCCUCCUCUUUGUGCUGAAGGCCACCCAUCUGCAGGAAAGCUCACGGGUGGUGACUCUCUGCAACAUGAACAUCAAGGCCCUCCUGAACCUGUCCAUCUGGCAUCCCAACCAGUCAACCACCAGGAGGGAGAUCCUGAGCCACAUGCAAAAAGUGGCCCUGUUCAAACUCCAGAGCUAUUGGCUCCCCAACUUUUACACCCACGCCAAGAUAGUCAUGGCCAAGGAGGAAUCAUGCCAGGCUCUGAUGCAGGAAUAUGAGACUCGCCUGUACAGUAUCUGCUAUACCCAUGAAGGAGGGCUCCCUCUGAAUAUGAACAUCAAGAAGGCCCACCAACCCCAGAAGCACUACUCAAGCAGGAAGAUCAAGAGGAAGAUGUGGCACUUGAUAGACCGUGGCUUGUGGUCCCUGGAAAUGGAUACCAAUCCAGAUACCAACACAGUGCCCCCCCAGGAGCUGGAUUCUCAAGACAAGGUGGUUAUACAAAAGCCUUUCCCAAAAGAGGCCUCUUCAAAAGACAGAAUCAUUAGUUCCCCGGAAAAGGAUGUUCUCUAUGCCAGGAAGUCCAAUGUGAAGAAGAAAGCCAAGAGCCACCUCCACAUGGAGGGCCUCUUUGAGACAGCGUUCUCAACCCACCUGAGGACUGUCACCCCCAUCAUCAAUUACUCCUCCCACAUGACCAUCAAGAAGGCCGUGAAGCAGAACCUCUCCUUGGGGUACACCCACUGGGCCCUGUGUGCGGAUGCCUGUGCAGGGAGCCCCUUCCGGGACCACCUGAAGAAGCUAAAUUUGAAAGUGGAGAUCCAACUCUUGGACCUCUGGCAGGACCUGCACCAUUUCCUCAGUGUCCUAAUGAGUAACAGGAAGACUGGGAAAGCCAUCUUUCGGCACAUGUUGGGCAACAGGAUCUGUGAGCUCUACCUGAAUGAGCAGAUUGGUCCAUGCCUGCCACUCAAAUCCCAAACCAUUGAAGGCCUGAAGGAGAUGCUGCCUUCUGGGGAUGUGAACCCCUGGAUUCCCAGAACCCAGAAGGAGAUAUGCAAGAUCCUCAGCCCCUGGUAUACUGAAUUCCUGGAUGAAGAGGACUACUGGUUUCUCAUUUUUACAACUCAGAGCAGGCUCAUCAGCACCAAGUGGCGUAAAAAAGAAUCUAUAAGAAAAGAAGAUAUCAUUCUUCUUUACAAGAGAUUUGAGGAAUCACUGGAGUUAAGCCAGGGUUUGGCUAACAUGGAAGAAAUGGAAUCUAUGCAAUGGCAAAAGAUAGCUACUGAGGACCUGAAGCAAGGUGGGUCCCUCCGGGUAGAAAGGAAGUCUCCAGUGUUUCUGGCAGACAUAGAGAAAAUGGCCUUUGAGGAACUCUGUUAUAAGUAUCCAAAGGUGGCCAUAGAGAAGAUCAGUGAUGACUACAAAAUAUAUUGUGAAAAAGUACCUCAUAUAGAUUUUACUAUGGAAGUUUUCAGGGAACCAAAGAUGGUUUUACGCUCAAAAAGGAGAAUGUCAUUCUUUAAAAGGGCAAAUGUGAGGAAGCCUUUGAUAAGACCCAGAAACUUGACAGAAGUCCUCCUAAACACACAGCACUUGGAGUUCUUCAGGGAGUUCCUCAGAGAACGGAGGGCUGAAACCCCAUUGCAGUUCCUGGUCGCCAUACAGAAGAUCAGCAUUGAGACAAAUGAAAAGAUUUAUAAGUCUCUCUUUGAAAACAUAAUCAAGACUUUCUUCCACGGAAAAAACUCUCCUGAACAAAUGCUGCAGUGUAAUGCCCCUAUUAUCAAGGAAGUCUCUCUCAUGCAUCAUGUCAGCACAACAACGUUGUUAAUGCUCCAGGGCUUUGUCAUGAGAUCUCUGGAAGAAAAGUGGUUUAAAGAUUACCAAGAACUGUUUCCACCUCAACCUUUGGAGAAGGAAGCUGAAAUACCAAUAGCUUCACCCAAGAAGCCCUCAAAGACGGCAGUUUACCUGCAGGAAUCCCAGAAGAGAGGUUGGCUGAAGAUGAUCAGCUUUAUUAGGAGCUUUUGUAAUUACCGCAGAUUUAUGUCUCAUCCCCAUAAGCGCCAGGAACUUGAAGACUAUCUUCACCUGGAAGUACACAGCAAGGAAAAUUUCUCCACAGCCCCAAACAUAUCAGGACGCCUAAUGCCAAAUCCCAGUGUCCGGAGCACAGAUCAUGAAAAUGGAGACAUCGUCCUUAUGAAGCGCCGGGUAUUUGGUCACAGGAUUAUCAUCAUCAACUAUGCCGUCAAUGAUUUCUAUUUCUUUUCUGAAAUGGAAAAAUUUAAUGAUUUGGUGAGUUCAGCUCGUGUGCGACAAGUCAACCGGGCAUACAACGAAAAUGAUGUGAUCCUAAUGAAGUCCAAAAUUAGUAUCAUCCUAAAGCUGUACCUGCAUGCAGAUGUCCCUCCAAGGCUAAGAGUGAACAUCUCUGAUGCCCAGAAGGACGCGAUCCUUACUGCCAUUUCAGACGGCCACCUGGAUCGGAGCAUCUUCCAUGGGGCUAUCAUGUCUGUCUUCCCCAUCAUUAUGUACUUCUGGAAAAGGUUUUGUGCCUGGAAGGCAAUCCAGUCUUACUUCCAGUACAUGGGAAAGAAGUUCAAGGACAUAAUAAUUUCUCCCAAACCUGUGUACAAGUACCCUCCUUGGAGUGGAGGUAAGCUUCACUGUGACCCACAGCCCCAUUCUCUAGCAGACGAGACUCAUGAAGGGAGAGCAAAGCCCAGAAGGACCAGCUGUAAGACUUCACAGAGGGCAUUUGCUGGGGGGUGGCCAUCUUAUUACCUUGGCCCUCAGAGAAGCAUUAACACCUUAUUUUAUCUGUGGCUCUCAGUGCUAGCAAAAGGGUACCCCACCCACACACUCCUCCUUGGCGGUACCUCCCGGGGUGCCUCUGGGGACAUAGGUCUCAGACUCCAUGGUCAGUAACGGAGGUGGCAAGCUACUUCACUACCAUGGGUGAAGGUUCCUGUUCCAACUAUCUCCAUCCAGCCCUACCAUUUGAAAGAGCAAAAGUCUUAGUCACUCAGUUGUGUCCCAUGCUUUGUGACUCCAUGGACUGUAGCCCACCUCGCUCCUCUGUCCAUGGGAUUCUCUAGGCAAGAAUACUUCAGUGGACUGCCAUGCCCUCC